AUGGCAACGGCAACAUAUCCACCACCACCACCUUAUUACAGGCUUUACAAAAAUUACUUGCAAGACCCUGAGUCUGCUCCAGAGCCUCCACCACCAAUUGAAGGAGCUUACAUUUGUUUCGGAGGCAGUUACACUACUAGUGAUGUUCUACCAAGCUUGGAAGAACAGGGUGUGCGUCAACUCUAUUCCAAGGGACCUAAUAUUGAUUUCAAGAAGGAGCUGAGGUCACUUAAUGGAGAACUUCAACUACACAUUUUGGAGCUUGCUGAUAUUCUUAUUGAGAGACCAUCACAAUAUGCAAGGAGAGUUGAAGAAAUUUCAACCGUGUUCAAAAAUUUACACCACCUUUUAAAUUCCCUGCGUCCUCACCAGGCUAGAGCAACUUUGAUUCACAUUUUGGAACUUCAAAUAGAGCGCCGUAAACAAGCAGUGGAGGACAUAAAAAGGAGAAGAGAAGAAGCUCGAAGGCUCCUUAAUGAGUCAUUGGCAACACUCGAUGGCCAUUAA